AGUCAAAAAAGAAAAUUGAUCAAAAAAUUUUCCAAUAAUUUUUCGGAAAUAAUUUAUCACAAUAACGCCUUACUUCUGCCAGAUUAUUUUCAUUUUGACUGACGCACUCGUUAAGCAUAAAUUUCCCUAAUAACACGAUUGCACUUUUGUGUUCAGUGUUUUACAUUUGUCUAAUAAAAUAAUAGUUAAAUGUUUAGAUUUAGUUGAUAAUUGAAAAUUAUAAGUUCCACUAUCCCAAAAAGUCAAAAAAGAAAAUUGAUCAAAAAAUUUCCCAAUAAUUUUUCGGAAAUAAUUUAUCACAAUAACGCCUUACUUCUGCCAGAUUAUUUUCAUUUUGACUGACGCACUCGUUAAGCAUAAAUUUCCCUAAUUAUACGAUUGCACUUUUGUGUUCAGUGUUCCAAAAAAAAAAAAACGCGACCCCGCCCUAUAGGCUACUUACUGCUUAGUGUUUUACAAGUAAACCUCUUAAUUCAUGUUGCAAUAUUUUUUAAAUUCGGUUAGAUGUCAACUUCCGAUAUUUGCGUGUCUCGCGUUAAACAGACGAUUAUAGUUGACAAAUUCCUUUAAUGACUAUCUAAGCACGCGACCUGCAACUAUUGUUAACAAUAACUUCUUCCAACCUUCUGCUCGUUUUGCAAUCACCUCCAAGAUAUUUAUUCGGGGAGGGGUUCCGAACAUAAGGGAAACUUGAGUAUAAAUGAUGCCUUACCUGUUCAAUAGACGUAUACCAAGUUAAGUGUUUACUGUGAAAACAACCUCAAGAAAAUCUCCAAGAUGAAAACUUUUGCAGUGUUAGUCCUUUUCUUCGUGGCAGCAGUGGUAGCCCAACAGGCUCAGGAUGCUCAACAAGGCGAGGCUGAAAUUGCUCCUCAAGAAUCACGAAGAAUUGCCAAAAGAGGUAUUUUGGGUUACGGAGGCUAUGGAGGCUAUGGCGGAUACGGAGGAUAUGGAGGCUAUGGUCAUGGCUAUCCCUCUUAUUCUGCUGUUAAAAUUAUCAGACCUUACUACGGAGGAUAUGGAUACGGAGGACACGGAGGAUAUGGUGGAUACGGAGGCUACUAUGGAGGAUAUUCCAAGCCUUUCUACGGAGGAUAUGGACAUGGGUGGGCAGGCGGUUUUUGAUGGAAUUCACAACUCUACUGAUGUACCUAAGUUUUAAUUUUUUAUGUAUCAUUUAUUUUAUAUCUUUCACACUUUAAUUUUAAUAUCUCCAUAGACAAAACGAAGCAAUUUAGUUUCGUUGUCGAUAUUACUUCAUUGUAUAUAAACUUCUUACAUUUACCUAAUUAAUAAAUACUUUUUCUUGUUAUUA